UCCCAUAGCAGGCCCGGCUCGCGCGCGCUGAGGGGCGGGGUCUCCUGCUGACGUGAGCCACCAACGGCUCCGGGGUGGGGGCGGGGGAGACCGAGCUCCGGCGUUGACGUUGUCCGGGCUCGAUGAAGCUGCGCGGUAGGCCCGGUGUGGCGGUUGCCAUGGGCAGCGCGGUGGUAGCGCUGCUGGUUUUCUAUUGCGCGCUCUCGGGAUCCCAGGUAUUAAGAGCAAUUGCUUUUUACUCCCCUUGGAGGAUAGAACAACAGCUUUACAAGCUGGAUGUAGGCUGGCCUAAACGUCCAGAAUAUUUCACUGGGCAAACAUUUUGUGUUGCUGUUGACCCUCUCCAUGAUCUGGUCUAUGUUGCACAAAGAGGAACUAAUGUACCAAAGGUACUAGUGUUUUCAGAUGAAGGAAAUUUCCUGCAUGCGUGGAAUUCCACAGUUGAAAUGCCUCAUGGUAUCUUUGCAGUGAGCACCUCUACAGAUACUUCAAUAUGGAUCACAGAUGUUGGAAGCGGAGAGUAUGGGCACACAGUUAAACAGUACAGUCCUUCUGGGAAACUUAUUCAGAUCCUGGGUACUCAAGGUAAAGCUGGAUCAGGUUUAAAUCCGCUGCAGUUUGAUCAGCCAGCAGAAAUAUUUGUGGAACAAACAGGGGAGAUCUACAUUGUGGAUGGAGAUGGAGGGAUGAACAACAGAUUAUUCAAACUGUCCACAGAUUUCCAGGAGAUAUGGCUGCGUGGGGAAAAUGGUACAGGUGCUGGUCAGUUCAAGAUUCCUCACAGUGUCACAGUGGAUUCUGUUGGACGGGUAUGGGUUGCUGACCGAGGAAACAAACGAAUCCAGGUUUUUGAUAAAGUCACCGGGGAAUGGCUGGGGUCCUGGAGUAGUUGUUUCCUAGAAGAUGGUCCCUCUUCUGUCAGAUUAACUACCAAUGAGGAAUAUCUAAUUGUAGCUCAGCUGAACAUUAACAGAGUGUCUGUCUUGGCAGCACCACCAAUAGGAUCCAUUGGAGAUUGCCAUGUGGUAAACAUAAUCCAGCUAGCUGAUGAGGUUAAACCACACCUUGUGGAUGUAAAUGUGAAGACUGGAGCAAUUUAUGUUGCAGAAAUUGGUGCACAACAAGUACAAAAAUAUGUACCCUUAAACUAAUGGUUUUCUUUGGUUCAUUCAGCACAAGCCAUUUCUUCUGGAUUACAAGACUGGUGCUAGAUUUCCUUACGUUCAUUGCAGACUGUGCUUCCACACAUAAGCACAGCAUGUUGCA